AUGAGGACCGCUGCUCACCUCAUCCUGUGCCUCCUGGGCUGCCUGGUGCUGAGCCCCUGGCUGGAAGGGGCUCCAGUCCAGAAAUGCCGCAAAGACUGGCUACGUUAUGGAAACAACUGCUACAGAUUGUUCCGCCAGAGGAAGACCUGGGAGGAUGCUGAGGUGGAGUGUCAGAGCUACAGCCCCUGGACCCAUCUUGCCACUAUUCACAGCAACAGAGAAACAAAUGUUGUUUCCAGCUAUAUCUUGAGAAAUCCUCCUGAUGGGCCUGUCUGGAUCGGGAUCCAUGACGCUCGGCAUAAUGGAGCAUGGACAUGGACAGAUGGCUCAAUCUACCACUACAGAGCUUGGAACAAUGGUGAACCUAACAAUUUGGACUGGGUGGAGUACUGCGCAGAGCUGUUAGAAUAUAAGCGUAAGUAG